GCUAAUUGGGCAGCAGGGGCAACUGCGAUUUGUGGAAUUAUUCAGCCAAAAGAAGUCCUGUUCAAGCAGAAUCCAGUUUUUAUUAGUAUUUCUGACCCUCUAACAGUUUUCCAAUAAUGUCUGGACGAGAAGGUGGUAAGAAAAAGCCCUUAAAACAGCCGAAGAAAGACCAGCGCGAACUGGACGAUGACGAUGUGGCGCAGAAACAGAAGCUAAAGGAGCAGCAAAAGGCUUUGCAGGAGGCGAAGGCCAAGGCGUCGCAAAAGGGGCCGCUGGUGAGUGGCGGCAUCAAGAAAUCCGGCAAAAAAUAGGUGCACUUUUUGUAAUGUUUGAUUAUGCUUAUUGGUAAUAAAUGUCCUCGUGCUAACUGAA